GCUAAAUUGAAUUCGCAAAUUGUAAAGUUUUACGCGGAACGUGCAACACAAACCACCAACGCAAAACACAAAACCAGAUAUAUCGACAGACAAAGCUACGCUACGGUUGUAUGAGUCAAAGUGCGCUGAGCUCGAACCAGCCAGAGAAGUACGCGAGCGAUUUUUUUUUCGCAUUUCAGUUUUGGUGUCGGUUAACUGCGCGAAACAACCCCGUCGUUUUUGUCGUGUUUUGUUGAGCGUCCCAAUGACUCGAAUUUAAAAAAAAAAUAAUUUAGCCACAGUUACUGCCUGUGGUUCUGUGCAUUGUAGCAUUCUGUGUUCUGCGACUACGAAUUCGACAGAUACGUAAGCGAUAGCGAAAGUGAGCGUCCAUUUCUUUUGUGCAGCACUCUAGCGCGGGUUUUCAAUUGUUCGGGUGGCACGCCGCGGUCGGUCAGGCUGAAAGUGUUACUCAUAGUAUUACUGUUUGAGACGGCAAUAUUCGUUUAAACUAGCACACUGGAGAAGUUAAAUAAACGCACCCAGCUCAUACGGGACAAAAUGGUGUUGGCUGAGCGCAACACCACGGAUGUGGUGCGAAACGGACGUCGGUCGCGUGGACCCAGCCCCAACACGAAUACAACUGGUGGUGUCGCCUCAAACGCAAGCCUAGUUGUCGGCGGCGGUGGUAACCCCACAAAUCCCACAUCCAAUGAGAAGGCCUCAACGACCGUACCGGGUGCGGGCACGCCGGAGAGCUCAGACGACGACAACUCCACAAAGCGCAACGGCAAAUCAAAGACCAAGCAGUCCGAGUAUGAAGAAAAAAUUCGCGUAGGACGCGACUAUCAGGCCGUUUGUCCACCGCUUGUCGCCGAAGUGGAGCGCCGCCCAGAACAAAUGAACGAACGCGCCCUCUUGGUCUGGUCGCCGACAAAGGAGAUACCAGACCUAAAACUCGAGGAAUACAUUUCAGUGGCGAAAGAGAAGUACGGAUACAACGGUGAACAGGCUCUGGGCAUGCUCUUCUGGCACAAACACGACUUGGAGCGGGCCGUAAUGGAUCUGGCUAACUUCACACCAUUUCCUGAUGAGUGGACCAUUGAGGACAAAGUCCUAUUUGAACAGGCGUUUCAGUUUCAUGGGAAAAGCUUCCAUCGCAUACGUCAAAUGCUACCGGACAAAUCAAUCGCCAGUUUGGUUAAAUACUAUUACUCGUGGAAGAAGACGCGUCAUCGUAGCAGCGCCAUGGAUCGACAGGAAAAGGCCAUAAAGGUUUCUGUCAAGGAUGGCUCCGAGAACGGCAGUGAAGUGGGCAGCAAUGAGGAGUCUGACAACGAUGAUAAGACGGGCCACAACAACAAUGGCACCACCAACACCAAUGCCAACACGAACACCAACAACAGCAACAGUACGAGCAGCAGCUGCAUCAGCCACAACAAUAACUGCGACAACAAUAACGGAGGGAGCAACAGCAGCAACAACAGCAACGACGUGGACGCGGAUCAAUUGUGCAUCUACACGACGAGCGCGCUGGGCGAUGAUAUGCUGGGCUACGGCCUGCCAGCCGAAGGCGCCAUCAAUGGCAUCGGCAGCAACAAUGGAAACGGCGAGCCCGGCACCGACGACAAUUCGACGCGGCGCGUGGUUGUGGGCGGUUUUUGCAAGACAUGCAACGUGGUCUGCCACGUUCUGUACGGUUCGCCCAUGGGGCGCAUGUGCAAGAGUUGUCAUACGCAUUGGAGACGCACGGGCAAUCUUCGUCCAAUCUCCGGUCCUGAGAGCAAUGUACCCAGACGUUCUACUCACAACAGCGCCGCCACUGCGGCGGCCGACCGCUCCAAGCGCAAACCACCCAAGGGCAUGUACAUCAAUCACGACGAUAUCACGGCCCUCGCCACCUGCAAGAACCGCAGCGUGUAUUUGGCCGAACGCGGUCGCAAGAACAGCGCUUUGAUGGCUGAAAUACAAAAGAAUAGGCAGCAUAUGGAGCUGUUGGAGAAGGAGUGCGACGCCAUCAAUGUGGAGGAUGUUGUAUCGAAGCCAGCGGCAGCGAUUUCGGAAGCGCCCACUGCGCAGCCGCGCACCUCGGCUCGUUGGACUUCGGAUGAGAUCCAGGUGGCGCUCCUGGUCUUGCGCGGCCACGGAAGGAACUAUCCGAUGAUAGCCAAAUACGUGCCCACCAAGACCGAAGCGCAUGUCCGUUCCUUCUACCUAAAUAAUCGGCGCCGAUACAAUCUCGACCAGAUCGUGAAGGAGUAUGAGGCUGGCAAGUCUGAAGAGUCAGGUGCUGAAGAGCAGAUUGAACAGGUCGAGGAUGGAUCCGCACCAGCAGCCAGUGCAGGCGACUCGGCGGCCAGAGCCAAUUCAGGCUCAGUCAGCAAGCCGUUCGCCGACGCCAGCAACAACGGAAGUAACACCGAUCAGGAGUCACAGGCUAAAAAGGAGGAGAAGCCCGAACUGGUAACAGCUUCAGCAAAAAGCGACAGCAGUGAUACACCAGUUGUCACUGCCAUUGCAAUACCCGCCGCGACUGUUAGUUCAGACAGUAGCCUCGUUGCUGGCGCCGCCGGCGACAAGUCUGCUACAAUCACCAUUUUGGAUGAGUCCGAUACAGCCACUAACUGGAGCAACGAUGUGGCCACCAGCAGCACCAAUACCGGCGUUGGCGCCUCAUCCUCGUCACUGUCGAGUGCCAGCACUCCACCCGCGCCAAUAUCGGUUGACCGCAAGGAGCCCGACAGCGAAGAGCUAUCCACACCCAAUCACAGUUCAUGUGACGCAGUCGCUGCUGGAGCGAAUGCGGCCGUAAGCACAGGUGUGGCCAAUGCCAAACGCGACAUCUCCGCCGUGACGUCUGCCGAACAGCCCCCAGCCAAAAAAGUAGCACUCUGCGCCAACGUGGAUUCCCUCGGGAAGUGAGGGACCUACGCAGCUCGGUGACGUGUUCACAUAUGAUAUAUAUAUAUAUAUAUAUAUACAUUUAAAUAUAUACCGAUACAUACAUAUAUAGCAAUCUGUUGUGCAGCCGCCUCGACCUGCACUCAGCUGCGACAUCCUGCUCGAGCCGAAACCACUGGUUAUUAACACUGUGCUGGCUGGUUACUGGCUACUGGCUACCAUGCUGUCAGUCUGGGUGUGGGGGGUAUUUCUAAUGUUUUUUUUAUAUUAUUGAAUUGACUACAUUUAUUUCGUUUUUGGGACGCAUUUACUACAUAAAAAGCAUCACAGCAUGACCUAGACCUAAAGCAAUUACAUUACAUUCGUAUUCCGAAUUACACUGAAAUUGAUUGGACAGGUGCAGAUAUGUGCAUACUUGGAUUGGAGUUGGAUGAAUGGGGUCGCACACGUAGAUAAAACGAUGAACAGUUUUUUACAGAAGUUUCAAAGGUCAAAGAUGUAUUGUUUAAUGGCAGAACGGUUAAAAUACUUUCCUAUAAACUUAUAAGUGCUGACUCGGGGCUGCGCAGACCACGAAAACUAACGAGAAGUGCCCAGGGAAGUUACUACAGAAUCUGUGUGUAAUAUUAAUAUAAUUUUAAUACGAGUAUAAACGAAUUACACAAGUGUAAAUUAUAAACCUUA